AUGAAGCUGUGCUUUGUGACUGUUGGAGCUACAGCUUCCUUUGAGAAGCUAAUCGAACAAGUGCUUACUUCAAGUUUCCUGGAGAUCCUGGCAGAGCGUCAUUACACCCAUCUUCUGAUUCAGUACGGCAAAGAUGGCGAUAAAAUAUACCAAAGAUUUCUGGACAGCAAUCAAUCCCACCAUGGUGUCACUCUUGGGGGCUUCGACUUUAAACCCAGCAUAGAAGAUGAGAUGAUGAUGACCGUGGAAAGAGAACAACGCCAGCAAGAGCGUGGCCUGAUCAUCUGCCAUGCCGGAACCGGGACCGUGUUGGCGGGCCUUCGCCUAGGUGUACCCUUGAUUGUGGUUCCCAACACCGAUCUUGCCGAUAAUCACCAACAGGAACUUGCCGAUGUGCUGGAAGAAGACAACUAUGUGAUCAGCAGCUCUGUCCAGGACGUGGCCAACGACGAACCACCGAUAUUCAACCUACACCCUCGAUCCAACACCCACCCCGUUGAUCCCCCGAGUUCCACGUUUCCAGGCCGAGAGGCCGUCUCGCCCACCCGUCCUUUCUCCUUGUCCGAAAUACAUCUUCCCCUUCCACACCUCCCCGCAAUGGCUGAGGCUACGCUUCACAACGUGCCAAUUGUCAUCGACAAUGGUAGCGGAACUAUCCGAGCAGGCUUUGCCGGAGAGGAAAUUCCAUCAUGUUAUUUCCCCUCCUUUGUCGGCCGGCCCAAGCACCCACGGGUGAUGGCCGGCGGUCUAGAAGGAGACUCGUUCAUCGGGUCCCGCGCACAAGAACUGCGUGGGCUGUUGAAAAUCCGAUAUCCGCUUGAACACGGCAUUGUUACGAAUUGGGAAGAUAUGGAAUCGAUUUGGCACUACGUUUACGAGAACGAACUGAAGACCCUCCCCGAAGAACACCCCGUGCUGCUCACGGAACCGCCGCUGAACCCGCGUCAAAACCGUGACAUUGCGGCCCAACUUAUGUUCGAGGCUUUCAACGUGCCUGCCUUGUAUAUGUCUAUCCAGGCUGUGUUGUCGCUCUACGCAUCCGGGCGUACUACCGGUGUGGUUCUAGACUCCGGAGACGGUGUCUCCCAUGCGGUACCUGUUUUUGAGGGCUUCGCUAUCCCAAACAGCAUCCGGAGAAUCGAUGUCGCCGGUCGUGAUGUCACAGAGCAGAUGCAAUUGCUCCUGCGGAAGGCCGGACAUGUACUGCACACAAGUGCCGAAAAGGAAGUGGUGCGCAUGAUCAAGGAGAAGGUCUGCUACGUAUCACUGGACCCAAAGCGGGAGGAGAAAGAAUGGAUGAACAACUACCACAAGUCUGAUGCGAAAGCGGUGGACUAUUCUCUUCCGGACGGCCACAAAAUCAAGAUCGGCCAAGAACGUUAUCGGGCACCUGAGAUCCUUUUCGACCCGGAGCUUAUCGGACUCGAGUAUCCUGGUGUGCAUCAAAUCGUACAGGACGCCAUCACCCGCACAGAUCUUGACCUGCGUAAAUCGUUAUACCUCAACAUUGUGCUCUCUGGAGGCUCAACAUUGUGCAAGAACUUCCCUGAUCGAUUGAUGCGCGAGAUUAAAAGGUUGGCGGUUGAGGAUAUGAAGAUCCGAAUCUCUGCGCCUGCUGAGCGAAAGUACACCACGUGGAUUGGAGGUAGCAUUCUUGCUGGCCUGAGCACGUUUAGAAAGAUGUGGGUAAGCGCAGACGAAUGGCACGAGGACCCCGAGGUGAUUCACAAGCGGUUUGCAUAA